GCGGGGCGCGCGAGCAGGUGGCGGUGCCGUUGCAGCCCCCCCGCGCCCGGCCGGUCCCCGCCCCUCGCGCACCCUCCCGCCGCCGCCGUUCCCAUUCCCAUCGUUAUUCCCAUUCCCAUCACGUCCGCCGCCCGGCUCCGCUGCUCCGCCAUGGCCGGCACCUUCGCCCGCGCCCUCUCCUCCCGCCGCUCCGCCGGCCUCCUGGCCAUGGUGGGCGCCGGCUCCCUCGCCGCCGGCUUCCUGCUCGCCCGGGACUCGGUCAGCGCGGGCGACCGGCAGCGGCGGCGAUACCCGCCCAGCGCCGAGUACCCCGACCUGCGGAAACACAACAACUGCAUGGCCAGCAACCUGACGCCAGCCAUCUAUGCCAGGCUGUGUGACAAAGCAACCCCAAAUGGCUGGACCUUGGACCAGUGCAUCCAGACGGGUGUCGACAACCCCGGCCACCCCUUCAUCAAGACUGUGGGCAUGGUAGCUGGCGACGAAGAAACCUACGAGGUGUUUGCAGACCUGUUUGACCCCGUGAUUCAGGAGCGGCACAACGGAUACAACCCCCGCACCAUGAAGCACGUCACAGACCUGGAUGCCACCAAGAUAAAGUUUGGCCACUUCGACGAGCGCUAUGUGCUCUCGUCCCGGGUGCGGACUGGGCGCAGCAUCCGUGGGCUGAGCCUGCCGCCAGCCUGCACCCGCGCCGAGCGGCGAGAGGUGGAGAAGGUGACAGUGGAGGCGCUGAACGGCCUCACCGGAGACCUGGCGGGACGGUACUACCGGCUCAGCGAGAUGACGGAGAAGGAGCAACAGCAGCUCAUUGAUGACCACUUCCUCUUCGACAAGCCAGUGUCCCCGCUCCUGACGGCAGCAGGAAUGGCCCGGGACUGGCCCGACGCCCGAGGGAUCUGGCACAACAACGAGAAGACCUUCCUCAUCUGGAUCAACGAGGAGGACCACACGCGCGUCAUCUCCAUGGAGAAGGGUGGCAACAUGAAGCGCGUCUUUGAGCGGUUCUGUCGGGGCCUGAAGGAGGUGGAGCGGCUAAUCCAGGAGCGUGGCUGGGAGUUCAUGUGGAACGAGAGGCUGGGCUACAUCCUGACCUGCCCCUCCAACCUGGGCACCGGGCUGCGAGCGGGCGUCCACAUCAAGCUGCCGCUGCUCAGCAAGGACAGCCGCUUCCCUAAGAUCCUGGAGAACCUCCGGCUACAGAAGCGUGGGACGGGCGGUGUGGACACUGCGGCUACAGGCAAUGUCUUUGACAUCUCCAACCUGGACCGGCUGGGGAAGUCAGAGGUGGAGUUGGUGCAGCUGGUGAUAGACGGCGUGAACUACCUGAUUGACUGCGAGCGGCGGCUGGAGAAGGGGCAGGACAUCCGCGUCCCCGCCGCGGUGCCGCAGUUCCGGCACUGAGCUGGACCAAGGCAGCGCCAGCCCCACGGGACCCAGCUCUCCCCAUAGCUUACGCCAUCUCUGUGCCCAGCAUGUCGCUGUGUCCUGUUACCCACAACGCGCCAGGCCAGAUCCCAUAAACCUGUGCUGCUGUA